CCCUGCCAACCUCCCCCCGCCGUCGUCUCGUCUUUCUCCACCGCCGCUCUCCUCUUCCUCUCCACCGCUCUCCUCACGCGCUCGCCGCCGCCGCGAGAUCCGCUCCGCUCGCGAUGUGGCGCAGCUGCGUCUCGCGGGGCCUCUCCAGGGCCAAGGCCUCCGCCUCCAGGCUCCUCUCCACGGCACCGUCGUUCUACACGGUGGUGGACCACACGUACGACGCGGUGGUGGUGGGGGCCGGCGGCGCGGGGCUCCGUGCGGCGAUCGGCCUCUCCGAGCACGGCUUCAACACGGCAUGCAUCACCAAGCUCUUCCCCACGCGCUCGCACACUGUCGCCGCACAGGGAGGCAUAAAUGCUGCACUUGGAAACAUGAGCGAAGAUGAUUGGAGGUGGCAUAUGUAUGACACUGUUAAGGGAAGCGAUUGGCUUGGUGACCAGGAUUCUAUUCAAUAUAUGUGCAGAGAAGCACCAAAAGCUGUUAUAGAGCUUGAGAACUAUGGAUUGCCAUUUUCAAGAACCGAAGAGGGAAAGAUAUACCAACGCGCCUUUGGAGGACAGAGCUUAGAUUUUGGAAAAGGUGGACAAGCCUACCGCUGUGCCUGUGCUGCUGACAGAACAGGACAUGCUAUGCUACACACACUUUAUGGUCAAGCAAUGAAGCACAAUACUCAGUUUUUCGUGGAAUAUUUUGCAUUAGACCUUAUCAUGGACAAUGAAGGCAACUGUCAGGGAGUCAUUGCCUUAAACAUGGAGGAUGGCACCCUUCACCGUUUCCGUGCUUCUAAUACAAUUCUAGCCACAGGAGGUUAUGGCAGGGCCUAUUUCUCAGCAACCUCAGCACACACCUGUACUGGAGAUGGCAAUGCUAUGGUCGCACGUGCUGGUUUACCUCUUCAAGAUCUUGAGUUUGUGCAGUUCCAUCCUACGGGCAUUUAUGGUGCUGGAUGCCUGAUUACUGAAGGUUCCCGUGGUGAAGGUGGUAUCCUUAGAAACAGUGAAGGCGAACGGUUCAUGGAACGAUAUGCUCCUACUGCAAAAGAUCUUGCUUCUCGUGAUGUUGUUUCAAGAUCGAUGACAAUGGAAAUUAGAGAAGGCCGUGGUGUUGGGCCAUUGAAGGACCACAUUUAUUUGCAUCUGAACCAUCUGCCCCCUGAGGUUCUGAAGGAAAGGCUUCCUGGUAUUUCUGAAACUGCUGCCAUUUUUGCUGGUGUUGAUGUCACCAAGGAGCCAAUUCCAGUUUUGCCUACUGUGCACUACAAUAUGGGUGGUAUCCCAACAAACUACCAUGGGGAGGUAGUGGAUAUCAAGGGUGAUAAUCCAGAUGCUGUUGUUCCUGGUCUGUUGGCUGCUGGUGAAGCUGCAUGUGCAUCUGUCCAUGGUGCAAAUCGUCUAGGCGCAAAUUCACUUCUUGACAUAGUUGUUUUUGGCAGAGCUUGUGCAAACAGGGUUGCCAAUAUUUCUAAGCCAGGUCAGAAGCAGAAACCUCUUGAAAAAGAUGCUGGAGAAAAGACCAUAGCCUGGUUGGACAAACUGAGGAAUGCCAAUGGGUCAUUGCCAACUUCCAAGAUCCGUCUCAACAUGCAGCGUGUUAUGCAAAAUAAUGCUGCUGUAUUCCGUACACAAGAAACUCUUGAAGAAGGUUGUGAGCUGAUUAGCAAAACAUGGGAGAGUUUUCAUGAUGUGAAGCUCAGUGAUCGGAGUCUCAUUUGGAACUCUGACUUGAUAGAGACCCUUGAGCUGGAAAAUCUGUUGAUAAAUGCAUGCAUAACUAUGUAUUCAGCGGAGGCUCGGAAGGAAAGCAGAGGAGCUCAUGCUCGUGAAGAUUUCACGACAAGAGACGAUGAGAACUGGAUGAAGCACUCACUGGGGUACUGGGAGAACGAGAAGGUUCGAUUGGCGUACAGGCCAGUGCACAUGAACACAUUGGACGACGAAGUCGAGUCAUUCCCUCCAAAAGCGCGUGUGUAUUGAUUGAUUCAGGCCUGACACCUCAGGAAUUCUCUGUAAGGUGUUAAUAAAGCAGGAGAUGGGCAUUCCUGGCUGAGAACGUGACCAGUAUUCCGUCCUUUUUUUUUUCUUUUUACUCUAUCGUGUAAUUUGAUAGGAAUAAAGAAGAAGAAACACAUGCUAAUGCCUGACCGACGUUUGUGUAAAUGAAAUUUUGCAUGGUUGGUAAUGCUCUACCUGAUGCUCUGAGCU